CGUUUUCAGCCCUCUUCUGUCCCUUUCGCCUCGAUCUUGUCCCGGAUCUUGUCCUCGAUCUCGUCCUGAGCCCGUCGCUUCUGCCGCACAUCCGCCUCCACGCUGUCGCCAUGAACCGUCUUGCUUCCGCCAACCGCCACCUUCUGCGACCCCUCUCGAGUGCGGUUGCUGUCCGUCGAACCCUGGGUACUUCCUGGGGCUGCGUGGCCCGUGGAUUCCACUCCAACUCGCUGCUGCUCAAGAACGUCCCGUAUCUCUUGGCCGACGUCGGAGAGGGCAUCACCGAGUGCGAGGUCAUUCAGUGGUUCGUCAAGGAGGGCGAGCGUGUCGAGCAAUUCACUCGCAUUGCCGAGGUCCAGUCCGACAAGGCCGCCGUCGAGAUCACCUCGCGCUUCGAUGGUGUCGUCAAGAAGCUGCACUACAAGGUUGGCCAAAUGGCCAAAGUCGGCGCUCCCCUCGUCGACAUCGAUACCGAUGAGGCCGAUGAUGCUGCUGCCGAGCCUACCCCCAGCACCCCUGCGCCUGCUGCUGCUGCUGCUCCUGUCGCUGCUACCCCGGCUGCUAAGGGUGCUGCCCAGCCUGCUGCUGCCGCUGCCGAGGCUGAGACCGACGACAGCCAGGUCUUUGCGACCCCUGCCGUCCGCCGCGUUGCCAAAGAGAACAACGUCGAUCUCCGCAAGGUCGUGGGCACCGGAAAGGCCGGCCGCAUCAUGAAAGAGGACGUGAUUGCGUUCCUCGAGGGCGGUGCGACUCAGUCUGCCCCUGUCGUUGGCGCUGUGGCCCCAACCCAUACCCCUGUGGCCCAGGAUGCGCUCAAGUCCCUGACGCCAAUCCAGAAGGCCAUGUUCAAGCAGAUGACAAAGUCGCUGUCGAUCCCUCACUUUGGCUACUCGGACGAGGUCGUCCUGAACCGAGUCUCUGCCUUCCGUGAGACCAUCAACAAGUCGCUGAGCAAGUCUCCCAAGCACAACCUCAAGAAGAUUUCAUACAUGCCCAUCUUCAUCAAGGCCCUGUCCAUGGCCCUGAACGAGUACCCCAUCUUGAACGCCAUGGUUGUCAACGGCGAUGAUCUCAGCAAGGUCCAGCUGCAGUAUCGCGGUGCCCACAACAUUGGCAUUGCCAUGGAUACCCCUCAGGGUCUGGUCGUCCCUAACAUCAAGAACUGCCAAUCAAAGUCCAUCCUCGAAAUUGCCGCCGAGCUCGAGCGCCUCAAGGAGCUCGGUAAGAAGAACGCCAUCACCCCCGCUGAUUUCGCCAACGGAACCAUUUCCUUGAGCAACAUCGGCACCAUCGGCGGCACCGUCCUCCAUCCCGUCAUCGUCUCGUCCGAGGUCUGCAUUGGCGCCAUCGGCAAGACCACCCGCACCCCUCGCUUUGAGACCGUCAAGAGCGCCAAGACUGGCGAGGAGGAGGAGAUCAUUGUCGCCCACGAGAUCAUGAACGUCAGCUGGAAUGCCGACCACCGUGUCGUCGACGGCGCCACCAUGGCCCGGUUCGUCCAGCUGUGGAAAAAGUACCUGGAAGACCCUGCCCUGAUGGCCGUGGAGCUCAAGUAGACCCUUGCUCACCGAUGCCUCGCUCUGUGCCUCUCCAAAUAUAGACAGUUCGAGUCUUGAGCCGCCGCAAAGGAUCCAACCCGAUUCCUUCGUCGUCGGCCGGCUCAUCCCUCGUCUGGAUCCCAGCAGCAAACAUGAUGUGUGUCCUGCGAGCGUAUCGCCCGCAAUUGCACCCUUUGGAGCGCCAUGCUCAUUCCCAGUGAAUCCAUUGCUCACUCAAUUGUCACAUACAAAC